UGAAAUAUUAUAUUAAUUAAAAAUAAAAAGGUUUUCUUUGUUUCGACCUAAAAAAAUUGGUUUAUUUAUGAUGGUUUAUUUAUUUUUGCACUCUACUAAGUAUGGAUGUGUCAAUUUUUAACACAUUGUUUUAUGUUAUCCUAUUUAACACAUUAUGUGUUAUUUAAAAACACAUUAUGUGUCAUUUCGUGUUGAUUUUAUGUUCAAAUAAAUAAAAGGGACAACACAAAAUGUGUUAAAACUAGACACAACACGUGUUGUUUUUAACAAAUUCGUUUUAAGAUUUUACUAUUUCUGUUUAUCACGUGCUACACGAACAACCGUAUUUAUCUGCAGAGUUUAUUUACAUUCAUUACUAAUGAAUCUUAAUCUUAAUAAAAUGGGCUUGGUUAUUUAUUAUAGAGAGGUCGGAAUUGUAAAAAAACACUUUAUUUUCUUCCUGACAGUUUAAAACCGUUUCACCGAUUUUUUUUACCUCAGUGUCGUUUGUAUGAUCUCUCGAGACUCGUUUGUAACCCGUCGCUUGUCAAACCAGACCUAAAUUUACAGCAAUGCACGGCUAGUGAAUAUUAAUUAUUAAAGCCACGCCCACGUUCAGCUAGCGCACUGCUACGUAGCCUAAUAAAUAUUUAUAAGUCAAUCCCUCACCGCACUAGGAUUCGUCGUUUCGCAAACAGGACAGUUGGCUCGGAGCCACGCCCCGUCCUCAGCUGCAUGGAUGUUUGACUCCAACAUCUCUGAUCAGAGACCACAGGGAGGAAGAUUUGACCUCGGACAGGACGAAAACAUCUCUUUGCGGUAAGUGGACACUCUGGAUUUCAUUUAUUUUUCUUUGACAAAACCAUUUCUAUGCGUAUACUGCAUGUAGAAUUAGAUUAUAAGCAGGGAUAGCUUACUGUAAAUGUAGUUGAAAAGUAAUUUGGGUUAAAUCUGCGCAACAGUGUUUCUCUGCGUGACUUCGCAUUAAACUCAAAAUUGUAGUAAACAUGACAUUGCAAUGAUAACCUGUUACUACAGUCUUGUAUUUGUAAUGGGUUUAAAUAGAAACGCAUUUGGGUUUUGUUUUAAAGUCACGCGUUAGGACCGUUUGGACCACACCCCGAUCAACAUCACCCCCAUCUGUCAAAAAAAAAAAAAAUGAAAACAGGACUUUAAAAAAAUAUUAUUCUCAAUGCAGCCAUUACUAUAAAAACAGGCAGGCAUAGCUAAAUGAAAUAUUGCUAGUUAAUAUGUGUAUUUAAAUGACAUUCUUUUUUUGUCCUUAUAUCCAGGAGAAAGAUCUAGUUGACUGAAUUAAUUAUGGCAAACAGAGGACCCAGUUAUGGGCUGAGUCGUGAGGUCCAGGAGAAGAUAGACCAGAAGUAUGAUCCAGAACUGGAGUCUCGACUGGUGGACUGGAUUAUAGCACAAUGUGGAGGAGCUUUAGAGAGACCACAGCCAGGAAAACAAAACUUUCAGAACUGGCUAACGGAUGGCACUAUCCUCUGUAGGCUCAUUAAUAGUCUGUAUCCACGUGGUAAGGAGCCUAUUAAGAAGAUCCCAGAGACCCAGAUGGCCUUUAAGCAAAUGGAAAAGAUCUCCCAGUUCCUUCAGGCAACGGAAGCCUAUGGAGUAACCACCACAGACAUAUUUCAAACAGUGGACCUGUGGGAAGGAAAAGACAUGGCUGCUGUCCAAAGAACUCUGAUGGCUCUGGGUAGCGUGGCUCUCACGAAAGACGAUGGACAUUAUAGAGGUAACCGAGACUGGUUUCACAGGAAGUCUCAAGGCAAUCGGCGAGAGUUUUCUGAGGAGCAGUUGCGCCAGGGCCAAAAUCUGAUAGGCCUGCAGAUGGGCAGUAACCGUGGAGCAUCUCAAGCCGGCAUGACUGGCUAUGGCAUGCAUCGUCAGAUUAUGUAAAACUAUACCACUGCCCAACAACUUGCCUAAAACAGCCAAAAGACCUUAAACCCGCCAACCUCAGCCCACACGAGCAGUUUUUCCUUUUGAGUGUCUAACGGUGACGUGUUUGUUGAGAAACAGUUUCUGAUGUUACUCUAUCAAAACGUAUAGAACAUUAUCCUAACAUUAUAAAAUUAUAUAAAGUUCAGCAGUGAACUAUUACAUGAGCAUGCUAGUUGUAUGUAUUUUAUUUUUGGUUUGCUCAACUUGUUAUAAAGUAUAUUUAUUUAUUUGUAAAUGUAUGUUAAGCGGAAAGGUUUUAUUUAUCCACUAAACUUCACUUUAUUGCCUUAAUCUCUAUAAGCAACUGCAUUUCAAAGAACCAAAUAACAGAGAGUUAAAACAAUUUAGUUUACACAGUGUUUGAAAGUGCAGUAAAGCCAAAUGUUUGCAAACACCUGCAAUUUUGCCUUUUUGAUUUACAUUUGUUGUUAUAAUGGGUUACGUAAUCAGCUUAUUUGCUGUUUUAAUGGGAAGCCUAAACAAAAAAGGAUCACUUCACAUACUAAUCAAAGGUACUGUAUACAGAUUAAUUUAAUGUGUAUUUAUUGUUUACUUCUGCUGUGUGUACAUCGCAAAUUAGCUUUUUUUAAUAAGCUGGUUUUGUUUUUGUCAUCCUGUUUGGUUUAAAUGUUUAAUAAAUUGG